AUGGCACAGCCCGAGUUCCAGAUACCUGAAGAAUAUGCAUCGAAAGUGACCCGAGUCGAGUCCAAGGACAAGCGCACCGAUGCUGAGAUCUUAAACACCUUAACGACGCAUGUGCCUAUCACUUCUGAGAAGAAUAUCUGGGCCUACUGGCAUGCCGGCGUCCAGAACAUGCCCAAGUGGACACAACGCAACAUCAUCAACUGGGUGCGCCUCCAUGGCCCCGAAUGGACAGUCCGCGUGCUCGACACAGUACCGGACUCACCGAAUCACGCAUUGACUUGGAUCGCGACUGAAGAUCUUCCGGAAGCAUUCGUAAAAGGUACGAUGACGGGUCCAUACGUAGGGCCUCAUAGCGCCGACUUUCUGCGCGGCGCAGCACUGUACACGUACGGCGGAGUGUGGAUGGAUGUUGGAUGUAUUCUUUUCCGCCACCUCGAUAGCGUGUGCUGGGCCCAGCUUGCGGACGACACGAGUCCGUUUAGUGUUGCUGCGCCACUGAUAUACGGUCAAUUUAUUGCGAAUCACAUUGUGGCGUCUCGCAAAGGCGACGAGUUCAUCAAGAAUUGGCAUCUGAUCUUCUUGGAGCUGUGGAAAGGACGCAAUGACUAUUCCGGCGUAUGUCAGUCGCCCCUGAUUAACUUCAUCCAGAAGUUGGAUUUCGAGGAACUGGCCGAGGCGGGGUAUAGGUGGGAUUGGAAAUUGGAUGUGCAGACUAUCAUUGGAUACAUUGGACAAGUCUUCGCCUGGAUGCGCUUGACGUGGCUGCAGGAGCCCAAUGGCGGCUUCGAUGGCGUCAACUACUGGGCUAAGAAAGUCUUACUGUGGAAUGCGCUUCCUGAAGACUUCCCUGCUGAGACAACCAUCGGAUUCGAUGGCGCGGAUAUUCUCAGGUUCUUUGCUACGAGGCUAGACGCUGAUGGAGAUGACGCAGGACAUGAGAAGGCGAAAAACGCAGCGUGGAACAUGAUAACACAGAGUGUGAUGCAAAAGAUCACUCAUGGUAAGGAGCUGUGCCAUAAGCCUCAUUGUGGUACGUUGCUCGACCUUCCGGAAAAUGAAGGUAAGGAUAUGGCGCCGGGCACUUUCGGAGAGCUGCUGCGUUACGGGAGUGUGCACCUGGAGCAGACGAGAGAGAUGCACUAUAUUGAGGCAGCUGUUGUUGAGUCCGAGUUGAUACUUCGGAAAGGACUCCUAGAGGCGUGA